AUGGGUUACCAGCGCUUGCAAAAUACUAAUUAUCAGCAACCUUGUAGUUACAAUCGCAGUGGUCCACCAAGGCAGCAAGAAAGACCUAAUUUUGGCAACUUUUUGGCCAAAGCACGCACAAUAGCUUCAGAGGCAAUCACUGAACCCGUUGGUAUGCGUUUUAUACCUCAAGAAUCGAGAGCAAUCAGCGUAUCGGGACAUCCGUUGGCUGUAACAGGACAUGCUCGAGUGGAAGUCGCCAUAGGGAGUGUGUCAGUAGUAACAGAAAUGUACUUCACAGACAAUUCAGCCCUCAAACCUGGAGGAAAGAGCUAUGAGGUGAUCGUUGGCUGCAAUGUACUGAAACUGCUUCCGCCUUUCAGAAUAGAUAUAAAAAAUGAUUGGUUCACAAUGAUGGAUCAAAAGCUGCCAUUACACAUGUCCAAUCGGAGCCUUGUGCCAGCUGCCCCGGUGCGCAGUUUGGGAAAUCUGGAAAUACCUCCGCUACCGGAAAGGUUUACUCCCUGCACUUUGGAUGCCCAUAUCACAGCCAGCACAAAAGUGUUCGUAGUAGUGGAGCCAUCAGCUUCCCUGACGAGUAGGGAGGAACCUCUUUCCCACACCAGCGGAGCACCAGUCUCUUCGGGGGCGAGAGCCACAUCUUCUGGAUCUUCGGCGCCACCUCAUCUUCGACUUCGGGUUCUUCUUUUCGCUAUUGGCAUGCGGUUCUCCUCGUCAUCUUAUUCUCGUGCCCUCGACGGCACUGGCUCUGGGCUUUCAGGACAACUUAUCGACUAA